AUGAAAAGAAGUUGUAAAACUUCCAAAAAAAAAUUAGAUGAAGAAGAAGAUAAAAUUGAGGAAAAAGAAGUUCAUAAUAAAAAGAAAGGAAAAGAUGACCAAUUAUAUGAUAUUGAAAAAGAUAAUGACCAAUAUUGGAAGGAUCAUGACUUUGAAGUAUUUACAGAAGACUUCGAAAAAGGAAAACCUGAAAAAGCUAAUGAUGAAAUUAAAAUUGCUACGUAUAAUGUUGCAAGUUGGAAUGCUGCAAUGAAGAAAGGAUUAAAUGAAUUUAUCAAAGAAGAAAAUCCUGAUAUUUUAUGUGUUCAAGAAACUAAAUUACAAGAUGGAGUAAAUCCUAUGAUUGAUGGAUAUCAUUGUUAUUUUAGUGCUUCUACGGCUAAGAAAGGUUAUGCUGGUACAGCCAUUUUAAGUAAAGAAGAGCCAUUGAGUAUAACCAAAAAAAUUAAUGGAAAAGAGAAUGAACAUGGUAGAAUUAUUACAGUUGAAUAUGAGAAAUUUUAUUUGGUUAAUUCAUAUGUCAUGAAUAGUGGUCAACGUCUUGAAAAUCUUGUUAAAAGGACAACUGAAUGGGAUAAAGAUAUGAGAGAACAUUUAAAAGAAUUACAAAAGAAAAAAAAUGUUAUUUGGUGUGGAGAUCUUAAUGUUGCUUUACGUUGGAUUGAUGUUGCUAAACCAAUGACGAGAUUAAGAUGUGCUGGGUUUACUAAAGAAGAACGAGCUAGUACUAGUGAAACAUUAAAAGAAUUAAAUUUAGUUGAUACAUUUCAAGUAAAAUAUCCAAAGAAAAGAGAUUUUUAUACCUUCUUUUCAUAUAAAGACAAGUCUAAAACUGCAGGAUGGAGAUUAGAUUAUUUCUUUGUGUCAAAAGAUUUAGUUGAUUCUGUUACUCAAAUUUAUAGAAGAAAAGAAAUUUCUGCAUCAGAUCAUGUCCCAUUAAUUAUUCAUAUUAAAAAAUAA